GUUUGCGUAAAGCGUCUUGCGGAGUCUGCGCGAGUCGGGAACUGCUUUCGAUUGUUGGCGGGCGCCGCCAUCUUGGUCAGUGAGCUUGCGAGUGGCUGUGCGAGGAGUUGUACGUAUUUCGGUGAAACAAGCAAUUCGUAAGAUUUCCCUGAAAGCCCUUGUCUACUCGUCAAAUCCACGCGCAUCCAAGAUGUCGGAACGGGAGGACAAUGUUUACAAGGCGAAACUGGCCGAACAAGCUGAACGCUAUGACGAAAUGGUCGAAGCAAUGAAGAAAGUUGCCUCACUGGACGUAGAGCUAACCGUCGAAGAAAGAAACCUACUUUCCGUCGCGUAUAAAAAUGUAAUCGGCGCGAGGAGGGCAUCCUGGAGAAUAAUUUCUAGCAUCGAACAGAAGGAGGAAAACAAGGGUGCCGAGGGUAAGCUCGAGAUGAUCCGCCAAUACCGAUCUCAAGUCGAGAAAGAGCUCAGGGAUAUAUGCGCGGACAUUCUCGGCGUUUUGGACAAUCAUUUGAUACCUUGCGCCUCCACCGGAGAAUCUAAAGUAUUUUACUACAAAAUGAAAGGAGAUUACCAUCGUUACUUAGCCGAAUUCGCGAUUGGCAACGACAGAAAGGAGGCUGCGGAAAAUUCCCUGGUAGCCUACAAAGCGGCAAGCGACAUCGCAAUGACCGAGCUACCACCGACUCAUCCUAUUCGUUUAGGAUUAGCACUUAAUUUCUCCGUCUUCUAUUACGAGAUUUUGAACAGUCCUGACAGAGCGUGUCGCUUAGCAAAGGCCGCCUUUGACGACGCAAUUGCGGAAUUGGAUACUCUUUCCGAAGAGAGUUACAAGGAUUCUACCUUAAUUAUGCAGCUCCUUAGGGACAACCUCACGCUAUGGACGUCGGAUAUGCAAGGGGAUGGAGAAGGAGAGCAAAAGGAGCAGCUGCAGGAUGUGGAAGAUCAGGACGUAUCGUAACUCUAGCUGUAGUGAGUGUAAUUUGCGCAUUUAAAACUGAGACACAUGAAAAAAAAAAAAGCAAAAACUCUUAAUAACUCGUAAGCAAAAGAAAACAAUUCAAGCAGGUGACAGUUUGAAGUGGGAAGGGGAGAUCUUUAGCGAUCGCGUGAUCUUAAGCACGCGCAACGUAUGGUUACUCAAAAAGAAAAUGAAAAUGAAACAAAAUCGUAUCAUUCGAUCCGGAGACACACAUACACACACACACGCGGGCGCGCGCACGUACGCACGCAACGGACACACGUACAUAUAUAUACGUACAUAUACAUAUACAUAUAUAAACGCACACAGAGACGCGCAUAAAACAUACAUUGAGUUACGGUGCACAGCAGAAUUGUUGAAAGAAAUAAGUUAAUAAUAAAAGAAAAAGGAAAAAAAUACAGGCACCUUUGGGUGGUUACCACCAACGCGACUGGAAAGCAUGUCUCUAAAAGAAAGAGAGGGAAAGAGGAAGGGAAAGCAUGGGUGGGUGCGAUUGUAAGUUCGUGUGGGUAUGCGUGUAUCUACGUACUUACGUACGUAUCUAUAUGCGUGCAUGCAUGUGAGUAAAAAGAAGGAUAAAAGCAUACGGUACUCGAUCAAAAUUAACGUGAUUUACGAAUGUCGUUGUUGAAAAUAAGCGAGGUCUCGGCAACAGAUUCAGCGGGAUAUAAUUAAUACUUAAUUAAAGGUGACAAUGUGUUGAAAUGAAAAAAGUGCGUGCGCGUGUUGUUGGUCUGUACGGCGGUCGUAUGUACGGCUCAUUUUAACGGUAUUAUUCACAUGGACGAGCAAGCGCAUCAGAAAAAGAAGAAGAAGUUAACAAGAAGAUGAAGAGGAAAA